AGACAUGCGCAAUAAAUUCUUCCAUAUUUUUCUGUUGUUUACAUCGAAACGUACGAAAAGAAUGCGUUAGAGUGGCUAUACAUGCUACUUUGCAUACAGAACUGGGUAUAUAAUGAAGUGAAGAUGAGUUGAUGAUUUACUAGGAUUUAAGAUAAGGAAACAAAGAUGACAACACAACAGGAAGUGAAUGUCAGUGUCGCCAUCAGGGUGCGACCACUUCUGCCCAAGGAAAGGGUAUCUGGAGAAGAAAUGUGUGUGCGAGUUGUUCCAUCCUGCAAUCAACUGGUUCUGGGAAAGGAUCGAGGGUUUACAUUUGACUAUGUCCAUUCUCCCAAAAUAUCCCAGGAGGAAGUUUACAAGUCGUGCGUGGAAGCUCUUGUGAGAAGUAUAUUUGAGGGAUACAAUGCCACAGUUUUUGCAUACGGUCAAACAGGAUCUGGUAAGACUUACACAGUAGGAGGAGGGAACAUGAAUUCUCUGACCGAAGAAGAAUAUGGCAUCAUUCCCCGGGCCCUCAAAGACAUGUUUGAUUACAUGCAGGUCAAUAAAGAAGUGGAAUACUCAGUUAAAGUGUCCUACAUUGAGAUAUAUAAGGAGGAACUCCAGGAUUUGCUGGACAUUGAGACACCAGCCAACAAUCUGCAUGUCAGGGAGGAUGAUAAAGGCAACACUGUGAUAAUUGGAGCAAGGGAGGUUGAAUGUGAGAGCCUUGAUGACAUCAUGAGUCUGCUUGAGUCGGGGUCAGCCGUCCGACACACAGGGUCAACACAGAUGAACGAACAUUCCAGUCGCUCACAUUCUGUAUUCACAGUGAACAUAGGUCAGAAAUGGACAGAUAAUGAUGUCAUGGCAGAGAAACGAAAACAAAGUGAAAGUACCGAGUCAUUGGAAGAAGGAUCAUUAUCUUCCAAAGAUAUCACCCACACCAUGUUUGGGAAGUUUCACUUUGUAGACCUGGCGGGGUCAGAGAGAGCUCACAGAACAGGAAACGUGGGAGACAGGUUUAAAGAGUCGGUGCAUAUUAACUCUGGCCUGCUGGCCCUAGGAAAUGUCAUCAGUGCGCUGGGUGACCCCAAGAAGAAAUCCACCCACAUUCCAUAUAGAGAAUCGAAAAUCACAAGGCUUCUGAAGGACUCUUUAGGAGGAAAUGCAAAAACCCUCAUGAUUUGUUGUAUAAGUCCCUCAUCAGCCAACUUUGAUGAAUCUCACAAUGCAUUAAAGUAUGCCAAUAGGGCCAAGAAUAUUAAAAACACGCCCAUUGUCAACAGAGAUGUGCAGUCCAUUCGAUUUGAAGAAAUGCAGUGUGAAAUUAAGGCGCUGAGAGAGGAGUUAGUGAGACAAAGGACCUCCAUGCUGAGUAAUGGCGGUGGAGACUCGCUAUACAACCCAGAAAAAGUCAUACAGGAUGCUCAUCAAAUGAAGAAGUUAGAGGAGCACGUUAUUAGACUACAGACUGAGUGUUCCCAUUACAAGAUGAUAGCUGAGGAAGCAUACAGACAGCUGACUGAGAUCCAACACCGGGACAUUCUGUCCAAGAGUCAGGACGUGCGGCUCAAAGACUGGCUGGACCUGAUGGAAGAGAUUAAGAAUAAGGUUCCAGCCACUCUUACGAAGGAGGAAUUGGAAAACCAGACAAUUCGAGAUCUACAGACCCAGCUGAAAAAGUGCAGGGAAGAUCUCAAAAGUGAUGAAGAAAUCUUUGCUGAAAAAAACAAGGACUUCAAUGGACUUAUUGAGAGAAAUGAAGAACUGGGUAAUGUAUUAGAGGAGAGCAAUAAAAAACUGUCAGAGGCUGAGAUUCAAAUAAGGAAACAGGAACAACAGCUGAUUGAACAACAGAUUAAGAUUGAGGAGCUCAACAAAGCUCUCAAGGAGGAUCUCCAGGACAGUAUCAUAAUGACAAACCAGGAUGAUCUGUUUAGCGAGAGCAGUAUACUAGAUGAGGAAGCUGUGACGUCCAGCGCUCCGGCCGGAAUGACAGGCGGACAGAGACCCAAGUCUGUUCCUGUCCAGUUGUCUAGGAGACCAGAUGCUUACCCAGGACUUCGACCACCCUCCAGAAACAUUAAGACCAGUCCUGCUUUGUUCACGCUGGAGCGAGUGAUGAAGAGUUUCCGAGCUCGGAGUCAGUUGUUAGUGAGUCGCCUCGAGGACAGCGAUGAGGUCGUGCAUCAGACGUUUGAUGACGAGGAGGAAAAUGCUGCCAUUGGCAGCAGUCUUGGAGAUGGAAGUAAGUUUACAAGAAAGGGAACAUACAAAGUGAAGAAAGGCCCAGGAAAGGCAGAGGACAACAAGGAGAACAAUAGAGAUCAGAUGAAUGUCCCAACCAUCAGCAUCAGCAAACCAGCCAUUAGAGGCAGUGUGUCUUCCUCGGCGGGUGAUCAGCUGUAUGAGACAGUGGAAGAUCGACUGAGGAAGAGUAUUAACACACAGAGGAAGAUCAAGGAGACCCAGAUUAAGAUGUCUGAGGACCACCAGAAAAUGAGGGACCUCUCCAUCAACAUCAGAAUGAAGGAGCAGCUCAUUAGAGAGCUUGUAAAAUCAGGAAAAGAUGCUGAAACUCUCAAUAAACAGUACGCAGAGAAGAUCAAACAUCUGGAGAGGGAGAAAGGGAAGGCUCGAUCAGAGCUGGAUGAGACCCAGAAAGUGCUAACAGACCUGGAGUCGAACAAACACCAAGAGAAGAUUGAGAAACAGAAACUGCAGCAAGAAUACAAAAAGAAGAUUGAAUUGGCAAAAGCAAAAAUGUCUGCCAUUCACAGGAAGCAAAAAGAAACGGAAAAAAUUGCUAACUUCUCAGCACAGAACAGCAAAAAAAUUUCAGAUUUGGAGAUUCAGGUGGACAGAAUGAGACAACAACAGGAUCAGCUGCAGAAACGACUGAAGGAUGAAUCUGACAAGAAAGGGAGAUUAGAGAAAGAGAUGCUGAAGGAAGCUCAAAAGGUGAAGGAUCUUCAGAAGAAGAAUGAACAACAGCAGAAGUUGUUAAAGAAGAAGAACGAGGAGAUAGCAGCCGCCCAGCGUAAAUUGAGAACCGGAUCACUGCCCCCCAUACAAUUUGAUGACAUAGAGAAGAUAGAGGAACAGAAGAAGUGGCUUGACUGUGAAGUGGAGAAGGUGGUGGAACAGCGGAGACAGGUGGAGGAGCUGGCGGAGAUGCUGAAAAAGAGAGAGGAAAUUGUCCACAAGAAGGAAGGAAUACUGAAUGAGAAGAGUGAACUGGAAAUGAAGAGACUACGGUCUAGUCAAGUUAUCAACAAGAACAUUUUGACUGUAUCCUCCAAGUUGGAUACAGUGGACAGGAUGAUUGACGAGAAGAGCAGAGAACUAACUAAUACACCAUUCGAGGACCAGCAAAGGAUUAAGGAGGAACUGGGUCUCUUACAAGGAAACAGGGACACUCUGCAGAAGAAGAGAGGAGUCCUUGAGGAAAAACUGCAAGAUGGCAGGCUUCUGUCUCCUCAGGAGGAGAGACGAUUGAUAGAACUUGAUGAAGCCAUUGAGGCCUUAGAUGCUGCUAUAGAGUUUAAAAAUGACAACAUUAACAGCAAACAGUUAGAGUUCCGGCACUCGCAGAUUCUGUCUCAGAGUGAGGACUCGGUUAUGAAUCGAUUAAAUGCACUGUCAGCAGUAGAAACCAAAACACUACUGUCUAAGUACUUUGAUAAAGUUAUCAAUUUACGAGAAAAGGAGAGGAAAACAGAUCUCCAGUGCAGUGAAAUGGAGGUGAAGUUGGAUGAACAGGAGCGUUUGAUUCGGGAGUUGGAGGGUGCACUCCAGCGAGCUGCUGUGGAAGUGGACCGCCGCCUGACCAAGCAGCAGAGGGAGUAUGAACAGAAGAUGCAACUGCUGAUGCACCAGAUCACUACCAGCAGCACUGCCGUGGAAGACCAACCAGUGAUGGAAACCACAGAAACCAAAAUUCAUCGGUUGGAAAAGGAUCUGUAUUUCUAUAAGAAAACAAGCAGAGAUUUAAAGAGGAAGCUGAGAGAUCUAAUUGCAUCAGGGGCUAUUAAAUCUCAGGAAGAUAUGGGAUUGAAUUCUCUCCAGAGCUCAGUAGAUGAUCAGGAGUUUCCUCCCAUGACCAAUAACCACUCUCACAUUCCAAGCUCACUGAACAGAGAAAGAGAAAACCGUCCUCUUAGUGGGAGAAGUGAGGGCCACGGCUCACGGCCAAAUUCCGCACGAAAUGCCAUAGUGACACAUACCAGCAUUACUCCUGUAAAAAUAUCACGGAAUAAUCUCCGUCUAAUGUCUGAAAAGGAAGUCUCAGUUCGGAGGUCAAAUCUCAGUACCAGUCAGCAGAGUAUGGGAUCUCCACCCCCUCCCCAGGAUUCCCUUGACCCUGGUGGAGGCAAUAAUCCAUGGAGUUGAAGCUUUUAAUCAUCACCGUUUUAAUUUACAUGUAUGUGUUCAUUAUUUACAAGAAGUGGGUGCUGUCUAUACAAUGCCAUGAGUUAUCUCCCCUGACUAUCAGGAAGUUCUCCCUUGACCAUCGGGAAGUAUUCUCUUGACCAUCAGGAAGUUCUCCCUUGACCAUCAGGAAGUUCUCCCUUGACAACCAGGAAGUUUAAUUGCCAGAGAACUGACCAAAACUUGAAAUAAGGAGCAGGGGAUUAUAGACCAUUAAAAAGCUGAUUACAAAUCACAAUAUAUUCCCUCUUAAUGCAUAUGCAGUUUUCUGCUGUUUUGGCAUGUAUGCAAAGAAAUAAAUGUUGGCGAUCUGCUGAGUUACGAAAGAGUUAAAAAAAAAUUUUUUAAAGAGCACUGGCAAUAUUUUGGUGCCACAUAUUUAGUCAGAGCUCUCACAGCCUGUGGAUGAAUAUCACUAACUGUUACUAAAACUUGUAGAGUUGUCAGUGUAUACAGCUUUCAGUUCAUUUUUUGUUAAUAUCACAGUUUCUUGUCUAAAUCUGUUUACGUACAUUUUUAAAUCCAGUUUUAAUGUCUGUUUCAUUAUAAAAGUUAAGGUUAGGUUACAUAACUCUUUACUGCAGUUUUGUUUUCAUAUUUUUACAAAUAGGAAAAAUAAGACUGUAUUAAAAAAAAAUAAGACUGUAUACAUGUACAGUGGUUGUACAAGUAUUUUGAUUGUACAUUUCAAAUUGCACUGCCUUAUGUCUUGUAUACAUGUGCACAGUAAUACACAGCAAGUGACAUGUGGAGAAAUGGCAAUCCAGACAUGCACUGAUGGUGUGUACUAAAUGUUCAGUAUUGCAUGGGUUGUGUCUUAUAACUGUUGAUCAGAGUGCUCUCCGUCCUAUUCACUAAAAUAUUCUGUAUUUAUUGUAGGCCAUGUGGUGAACUAGUUAAAUAUUGGCAGCAAUGUUUGUCUCAACUAUCUCUUGGGCAGAGCCCAAGUCUUUUAUCCCUUCUAUUUUCUGUUUUGAGUACAAUAUGGAAUGUGGUUCUAACAUUCCAAUUGCAAACUGCCUUCAGUUGAAUAUACAGUGAAAACUGCCUAAUCCAACAUCUGUGAAAUCCGUGUCACUGGGCAUUCCAACCCUUAUUUUCAUCCUCAAUUUCAUAUGUUCAUUGUUUUUACACUAUUUAUUCUGACAUACUGUUGUAUUCUGACAAAACAGUUUCUUCCCAGUGCAUGUCGGAUUAGACAGGUCUCGCUGUUACAGUAGUAAAAAUACUGAAUUUAUGAAAUUUUAGUUUAUUUAGAUCUGUUUCCUUAAAGUCACAGGACCUCAGGAACUGAAUAACCUAACCCAAGUUAGAGUUGUGUUCAUGAUGGGAGUAGUUAUUUGUAAAUCAAAACUUUUUUGUUUCACAGGUUAUGCAUUGUUUGGUAUUUAGCUUGUAGUUUAUUAACACUUAGUGUUGCCAACAGUGAAGAAACGUGUAAAUGUUUAAUCUCGAGUCACUGUCUGUAUAAACCACCUACCAUGUUUAAUGCCUUCUUUGUACAGCUUAGUGACUCCAUUUGUGCACUAACUCACAUGUUAUGUGUUGUUGUGAGCUAGUGUAUAGUUUUUUGCAUAUAUUUACAUUUUUUAUUAUGCUUCAUUUAUAUCAUUUGAAAUUCAUCAUUACCAAGAACAUACAUGUAUGAUGCUAUAUUUAUUGAACAGAAAAUAAAAUCAGAAUCUCUUUA